GCGCGGAGCGGUGGACGCCCGGGGCCGGCGGCGGCACCAUGUCCCCGGGAAGCGGGGUGAAGAGCGAGUACAUGAAGCGCUACCAGGAGCCGCGCUGGGACGAGUACGGGCCCUGCUACCGGGAGCUGCUGCACUACCGCCUGGGCCGCCGGCUGCUCGAGCAGGCGCACGCGCCCUGGCUCUGGGACGACUGGGGCCCAGGCGGCUCCUCGGACGACUCGGCGUCGUCGUCGGCAACGUCGGGCGCCGGGCGCCCAGCGGCUCCCGCGCCCCGGUGCGCCCCAGCCUCGCCCCCGCCGCCCGCGGAGCCCGCUGCGCUGGAGGAGCCGGCGCGGCGCGCCCGGGAGCCCGCGGAGGAGCAGGACACCGAGGCCAGGGACGCCGAGGCGCAGGAAGCGGAGGACGCGACCGUGCCAGCCCUGCCAGCGAAAGAUGUAGAAGGAAAACCUGAACAGCCAACCAAAACAAAAGAGACUGACAAGUUAGCCGUCAGUGUCGAACCUCGACAACCGCCAAGUGCCUUAUUUGCCAGAGGAAAUAGGAAAGUGGCCAAAAGUCCGCAAAGGUCAUCAAGUAAGAUAAAAGAGAACAGGCAUCCGUUUGCCCUUUAUGGCUGGGGAGAAAAACAGAUGGAUACGGGGAGCCAGAAGACUCACAACGUCUGCGCAUCUGCUCCUGUGCACGAGAUCCAUGAGUCAGCAUUACGCGCCAAGAACAGAAGACAGGUGGAAAAAAGGAGACUGGUAGCUCAGAGGCAGCGUGCUCACUCUGUGGAGGUGGAGAAGACCAGAAAGGGGAAGGCUUCCUCCUCAGAGAACCCGUGGAUGACAGAGUACAUGCGAUGCUAUUCAGCAAGAGCCUAAAGGACCGUGGCCUGGACAGCUUCCCCCGAGAAAUCCAAAUGAAAGGGAAGAAAAACCACCAAUUGAAACCGGACACAGGUUUAAGAAACCACCUGAUUAUGCAAGGUCUUUCUUGGGGAAACGAUUGUUUCUUUUGAUGAAUUUCGGUCACCUACCUCAGCAGUAGGGCAGACAGUUGAAGCCAUAGAUAUUUGGUUAUUUAUGAAGAUAAUUCCCUAAUUCUUUGAUAUCUCUUCAAGGGUUUUAAGGCAUUCUAAUCUUUUAAGAGUGACACCAAAUGCCUUUAAAUGGCUAUAGAUGCUCACCACUCAGUAUUCUUCCCCUGCGUUUAAGUGGAGCCCAUUUUCAUUCUCAUCCUGAAUAGCUU